AUGAGCGGGAGAAUCCUCUCCCAUCGACUCGCCCCGCUGGUGCGGAACGGUGUGGCCCGCAGCUUUCAUAACGCAGGCUCGAGGACAGGAGGCCUACUGCGCGCCAACGGUGGCGCCGCUUUGAGGGGACGCGCAUGGCCGAUAGGCGCGAGUGCUAUCCACAAUGUGCCAGCCGUCCGAGCCUUCUCGUUUGGACGAAUUCUACCGAAGCUUGCCCUCAAGCUUUUCCGGAUUCCAGCGAUGUUUGGAGGAGCUACGGUCGCAGGCUUGGCUUACUUCCAAUAUCAAGCAACCCAGGCUGGAAAUUAUGCAAUCGAUCUGUUCAGAAACGCCGGAGAGACAGCAAGCAACACAGCAUCGAGCUUAUUCCAGGGUCUUCAGGAUGUGGCCGAACAAACACAACGCGGAUGGAACAAGACGACUGAGGAAGUCGCAGUCCCCGAUUGGCUACAGAAGAUCCUCCGACUCGACGAAGAAUCUCAGUCCGGAGGCUCAGGUGGAGGCAAAGAACCACAAGAGGGUCGAGCAGUGGUGGGAGGAGCUGCUGUCACCGGUGCAGCUUUUGGCUAUGAUCAGUCGAAUGAGGACGAUUCCCGGGGCGAGAAAGAGGUCGCCGAGGAUGAUCAGAUGAUGUUGUUGACUCGCAAAAUGAUUGAGAUCCGGAACAUCCUUCAGUCCGUCGGUCAAUCAGGCACUCUCACACUCCCCUCUAUCGUCGUCAUUGGAUCACAAUCUUCCGGCAAGAGCUCAGUCCUGGAAGCUAUUGUGGGCCACGAGUUCCUGCCCAAGGGUUCCAACAUGGUCACCCGGCGACCGAUCGAGCUCACGCUGGUCAACACACCGAAUGCGCAGGCGGAAUACGGUGAAUUCCCAGCUCUGGGACUCGGCAAAAUUACCGAUUUCUCCUCCAUUCAGCGCACCCUGACGGAUCUCAAUCUCGCUGUUCCGGAGAAGGACUGUGUUUCGGAUGAUCCCAUCCAGCUGACAAUUCAUUCGCCCAACGUUCCGGAUCUGUCUAUGAUCGACCUACCUGGUUAUAUCCAGGUCGCGGGACACGAUCAGCCUCCAGAGUUGAAGCAGAAGAUCGCAGACCUCUGUGACAAGUACAUUCAAGCACCAAACAUCAUUUUGGCUAUCUCGGCGGCCGAUGUCGAUCUUGCAAACUCGACCGCUCUGAGAUCCAGUCGUCGUGUGGACCCCCGAGGAGAGCGCACAAUUGGUGUCAUCACUAAAAUGGACCUUGUCGCCCCUGAGCGAGGCCAUGACGUUCUAUCCGACAAGAAGUAUCCUCUUCGACUGGGCUACGUUGGUGUUGUUAGCCGAGUUCCCCAGACGACAGCCCUGUUUUCCCGAGGCUCUGGAAAUAUCACAAGUGCCAUUCUCAAGAAUGAGAACGCUUACUUUUCGGCCCAUCCGGCUGAGUUUGGUGCUCAUUCGGAAACCUCCGUGGGUGUAUCUACGCUGCGCAAGAAAUUGAUGCAUGUCCUUGAGCAGACCAUGGCAUCGAGCUUGUCAGGCACCAGGGAUGCCAUCAGCCAGGAACUGGAAGAGGCAACCUACGAGUUCAAGGUGCAAUACAACGAUCGGCCUUUGAGUGCGGAGUCCUACUUAGCCGAGAGUCUCGACAGCUUCAAGCAUUCUUUCAAAGCAUUUGCCGAAGGCUUCGGUCGACCGCAGGUCCGGGAGAUGCUUAAGGCCGAGCUCGACCAGCGCGUCAUGGAUAUUCUAGCCCAGCGUUAUUGGAACAAACCAGUAGAUGACCUGGAUCCCCCAUUGGCAGAAAUCGACCCUUUGAAGGACCUGCCUAAGGCUGACCCUGAGUCACUAUUCUGGCACCGCAAACUAGAUGCGUCCAGCUCUUCCUUGACAAAGCUUGGAAUCGGCCGACUCGCCACCACCGUGGUUGCCAACGCCCUUCAAAACCAUGUGGAGUCGCUCCUGGCAUCUUCCACUUUCGCUUCUCACCCGGGAGCACACAAGCAGAUCACCGAUGCCUGCAAUAGUAUCCUGAAUGAGCGAUUUUUCAGUACUAGUGACCAGGUAGAGAACUGCAUCAAGCCUUAUAAGUUCGAAAUCGAGGUUGAAGACUCCGAGUGGUCCAAGGGAAGAGAAAACGUUAGCAAAGUUCUCAAGGGAGAGCUUAAGGCAUGCGAGUCCGCCAUCAAGCACACAGAAGAUCUCGUUGGGAAACGAAAGCUCAAGGAUGUGAUGGCAUUCAUCGACAAGGUGCGGAAGGGUGACGUAGUAUUGGAGGGCGACGGUUCUGGUGGCGCCGGCGGCUUCAGUUCGGCCCUGCUUGAGAGAGGACGCGAAGGUGUCUUUCUCCGUGACCGAGCCGAUCUCAUCAGGAUGAGAAUGAUGGCUGUUCGAUCCAAGCAGUGCGCCACGCAAAAGAACAAAUAUUACUGCCCCGAAGUCUUCCUCGACGUCGUCGCAGACAAGCUCACCUCGACAGCUGUGCUGUUCCUCAACGUCGAGCUGCUCUCUGAAUUCUACUACAACUUCCCGCGUGAGUUGGAUAUGCGCCUCGGCCGACACCUCUCAGACGCCGAGAUCGAGCGCUUCGCCCGUGAGGAUCCUCGAGUACGUCGUCACUUGGACAUUAUUCGCAAGAAAGAGUUGCUCGAGCUGGCACUGCAGAAGAUCGAGGGUAUUAGACAGCUGGAUGGCCGCAGCAUUCACCGAAACUCCGACCGUGCGCAAGUUGCAAAGGAGACUCGCAGCCGCUGGAAUAUCUUCUAA